AUGAAUAUCUGGUCUGGUGCCAUUGCACUGGCGGAUCAGUCGCUACUUCAAGCUUUUGUGAAUCCAGCUCUUAUCCCUUUUUACGCGCGCGUCGGUCCGAACCUUGAGCUCCAUACGAGUAAUCCGGAAACCUCACGAUGGCUGAAACACAAAUUACUGGCAAACACAUUGUUGGAGGAGGAUGAUGAAGUAGCCUUAUUUCAGACCAUUCAAUGUCCGGUUGGAUUUCUCCUGGAUCUGAACGGGGCUACACGGCCAAGGGUUUCAGGCCCGUCAACCACCGACCUGUUGGUGUAUGGUAUUUUGUCAACAACCACCUCCUAUGAACGGCCGCCCACGCCACCUAUAUUGUCCUCGCCUAAGAAAGAGAGAGCCGUUUCCGGUGCUACUAAACAAGAAUUAAGGAUAUAUGCUACGCCCAUCUCGGAGUCGCUGGCCACCAGAGCCCAAGUCCUACCUGGUCGUGGAGACCCUGAAGCGAUUACUGGCCGUGAACAACAUGGACAGUUUCUUCCGAAUAUCCACCCCCUCAGCCCCAAGCGCAAGCGCGUGGAAAAUCUUUUUGAAUCGGUGGCGCAGCAUCAUAAGCGAGUGCGGCAUAAGGGGGGCGAGGCUGUAUCCCAGUUGAUGGCUCAAAGCAAUUCACAACCUUCAGUUCAAUUGCAGAACUACAGGAUCAAGAGAGAACCCGAGGAGUCUGGCCUACUGAUACUGAGCAAGAUAGCUCCGCAUCGGUCCAGGUCGAUGUCGAUUUCUUCGAAUCAAAACCAGAACAGACCGCUUUCUCGUCCCAACAGCAGUUGGGGUCGUGCAAGUCAGUUGUCUUCAAAGGGAGUUACGUCGGCAUUUGGGCUGUCGACAGAAACCCCUACUCAGAGGGGAAGCGUAUCGACCCCUUACUCACUAUCCCCCGAAAGCAGAGAGCCUUCUUCAGAGAAGAAAAAACCCGCAGAGAUUAUCAUCUCCGAUAACAAAAACUUAAUAAUCCGUACGAUAUUGACUUGUAUGCGGCUAUACGGAUUCAACCGCACAGCCCGCCCCGCAUCUUUUAAAACGCUUUCCCACAAUGAUAUGGUUCCUCCACACAUUGAAGGGAGGGACUCACAUGUCCCUGGUGACAGUAUGAAUUUGCCUGCUUCUAGUACGGCCAGCGAAGAAGAUGAAUUCAAAGCCAUGUAUCACGCAACUUAUCGUGCAUCAACUUUUGCGCUGCGGAAGUACCUGAGAGAGCCGGUAGUGAGCGAUGAUGGUUCUAGGCUUGCACCGCCAAUCCUCGAAAAAGGAAAGGCAAUGAUAUGUAUUGAUGGAUUUUUGAAGCUGUUUUGCGAGGAGGAUCACUGAACUGGCUGGACCAGGUCACGAGUCUACGAUAUUACGAAGUAUAUAGGCUAUUUGCAUACGGAGGAGUUUAGAAAUGUAUAUCUGACAGGAGACCACCAAUCUCUUAAAUGAGCUUAACU